AUGAGCUCGGAAUUACUGGAGUCCUCUUCCCACUCUCGACGCCCGAAGGAUUCGUCUUUUUUCCAACAAAGACUUCCUGCUUGGCAGCCUAUGUUUACAGCAAAAAAAUCUGCGGCCACAUUCAUUGUACUGGGUAUUGUUUUUAUUCCAAUAGGCGUCGUUUUGUUGGUUACUUCGAAUAACGUCACUGAAUACGUAGUUGAUUAUACUGACUGCACAAAUCCUGGGGGAAAUAAAACCUGUGCGGAACAGUUAAGCUUGAAUCUUCCAUGCGAAUGUGUAAUAACGGUAGAGAUUACCACGGAUAUUCCGGGACCGGUAUAUUUUUACUAUGGGUUAAAGAACUUCUACCAAAAUCACCGUCGUUACGGUCGUUCAAAAAGUGAUACCCAACUCCUAGGCCGAAAAGUGGAUCCCAGUAGUCUCUCAAGUUGCUCUCCCUACGCAUCAGUUACUACCGGUGAUACAACGAAAGCGAUUCUGCCCUGCGGUGCAAUUGCAAACAGCAUAUUCAAUGAUACAUUUUCGUUGAGCCUCAUAUCUCGAUCAGGAUCCACUACACCUGUUCCGGUGACCAACAAAGGAAUCGCUUGGCAAUCGGACAUAGACAGGAAAUAUGGCACUUUGACAAAUGAAACGGUUACCGAUACCGUUAAGCCACCGAACUGGAAUUUGACUGAACUUGAAAGGUCACCAGGGGCAUUCAAAACGGAUGAGGAGCUUAUGGUCUGGAUGCGUGUCGCCGCUUUGCCAAACUUCCGUAAGCUGCAUCGAAGGAUUCUGCAAGAGGGUGAUUUUUCCCGUGGCUUGCCGGCCGGCACCUACACGAUCAAUGUAGCAUAUAAUUUCCCGGUAACCGGAUUUGGGGGAAAGAAGUCGUUCAUCAUUGGAAACGUCAGCUGGUUGGGUGGGAAAAAUAACACGCUUGGGGUGACUUGUAUUGUGACCGGUGCAUUACAUUUGAUCCUCGGUAUCGCGUUUCUCGUGGUUCACAUCUACUCCAGCAGACGGUAA